UGAGCCAGCUCACACAGGCCAGAGCAGCCUCAGCAGAGCCAAGGCAAAGGGGCUCACGGAGGCUUCCCGAAGGAGGAUAUGAGGCAGAGCAGGAGGCUGAGAGAGCUCUCCAACGGAGAGGGCUGUUGGGUUGCUGCAGAGCCUCCUGCCCAGCUUGAUCUGGCCCAGUGUCCCUGUCCUGUCCCCCAGGUGGGCUGGCCCCAUAAGAAUGUGGUGAGGGAGCUGUUUCGGGAGCCAAACAGGGUCAGCUUAGUGCUGAAGAAGGUUCCGGUACCGGAGACACCCCCACCCGAGACACCCCCACAGACCCCUCCUCAGGCCCUGGGCUCCCCACAGCUGAGGGUCCCAUCACUGGCUCUGGCCCCACUGUCUCCCAGGGCCCCAUCUGAAGACAUCUUUGCCUUCAACCUGACUUCAAACCCAAGUCCUGGGUCCAGCCCUGCCUCAACAGACUCUGCCUCCCUUGACCCUGAGCCCCUGCCUGUCACCCCUGCACCCCCAGCCACACUCCCAGCAGGGGUAGCAGAGACCAGUGGACCCCCAGGAGACAAGAGUCCUGCCCCUGGUCGGAAGAAAUCAAAAGGCGUGGCCACGCGGCUGAGCCGCCGGCGGGUGUCAUGCCGGGAGCUGGGCCGGCCAGACUGUGACGGCUGGCUCCUGCUGCGCAAGGUGCCCGGUGGCUUCAUGAGCGCUCGCUGGCGCCGCUGCUGGUUUGUGCUCAAGAGACACACGCUCUACUGGUACCGCCAGCCCCAGGAUGAAAAGGCUGAGGGCCUCAUCAAUGUCUCCAACUACAGUCUGGAAAGUGGUCAUGAUCAGAAGAAAAAAUAUGUGUUCCAGCUCACCCAUGAAGUGUACAAACCCUUCAUCUUUGCUGCUGAUACCCUAACAGAUCUGAGCAUGUGGGUGCGCCAUCUCAUUACCUGCAUUUCCAAGUACCAGUCUCCAGGCCAGGCUUCCCUACCCCGAGAGGAAGACUGCUACAGUGAGACGGAAGCAGAAGACCCUGAUGAUGAGGCUGGGUCCCGCUCUGCCUCGCCCAGCCCUGCCCCAGCUGGGAGUCCACUCCAUGGAGACACAUCACCUACAGCCACCCCCACACAGGGCAGCCCACGGACUUCCUUUGGCCUUCCAACAGACAACAGUGAAGGGACAUUAGAAGGAAUGGUACAGGGGCUGAGGCAGGGUGGCCUGUCCCUCCUGGGCCAGCCACAGCCCUUCACUCACGAACAAUGGCGGAGCUCUUUCCUGCGGCGCAACCGAGACCCGCAGCUCAAUGAGCGAGUGCACCGUGUGCGGGCACUGCAGAGCACACUCAAGGCAAAGCUGCAGGAGCUACAGGCCCUGGAAGAAGUGCUGGGUGACCCCGAACUUACUAGAGAGAAGUUCCUGCGGUGGAAAGAGCAGAACCAGGAGCUCUACUCAGAGGGCCUGGGGGCCUGGGGAGUGGUGCAGGCCGAGGGCAGCUCCCAAGUCCUGACUUCUGACUCCAGAGAACAUUCUGACCACCCUCUGCCCUCUGAACCUGAGGAGCACUCCCAUCUCUGCCCUCUGACCCCAGAGAGCAGCCUCCAACAUCCUGACCUCUGACCCUGGCCAGCACCUAGUUCCUGACCUCUGGCCCUGAGGACCACCUUCAUCCCCAGCCUCUGACAUGUCUAGGACAGAGCAUCGUUGGUUCUGUUCAAAACUGGAAGUAGAAGUGGUUCAUGGUUUCACCUCAGCCUGAUAACCCUCUGUCUGACUGUCCACCAUUUCUGCUCCCUUCUCCCCUGGGGAGGGGUAAAGUAACGUGAGCUCUGUUUCACCCUCUCCCACCUUGGCAACAAAGGAGUGGGAGGCUGAGCUGAAAGAAACUCUCUCCCAUCCAUCCAUCCUCUGACCUGUGGAGGCACAAACCUGCCCCCCUUGGUCCUUUGGCACUUCUCCCCUCCCCAAACCAGUCUGUGCAGGCAUUCUUCACUUUACCAAAUAAAGUCAAUUUC